GCACCAGCUUACUGACUAACGGGUAUUUGUAAUAACGCGCGCAUCUCUAUCAAGGUUACCUCUACGCUUUCGCCUUUUUCUGUUUUUAAAAUUAAAAUUUUUGUUUAUAUUUUGAGCAACCAUACUUUCUUAAGGCAGAAAAGCUCGCCACACCCGCAUAACAGCAGCUACGAUGUCUACAAUCGGAUUGCCAAUGGCGACCAAGCGGUCGUCACGAUUUAAGCGCUUCUCGUGGAACAAAGCCAAGGAUGGCACCUAUCCGCCACUUGCCAAACACAGAGUCACUGCAGUUACCAGCAGUGCCCACACUAGCUCACAGGCAUUUUCUCCAACGACGGCGGCCAUGACCACAGUCACGACCGCUCCUGCCGCCUUAGUUUUGACAGAAGCUGCGGAAAGUCUGAAUACAACACUGCAUACGACCCAGAACACUAAGCAAACGCAGCGCUUGUCUGUGAAAGUAUCAUCUAUCGACACAACUCCCAUUCCGCCAUACGAGUACGAGUCCCAGAAAACAAGCGCCAUGCGACUGAAAACAGAACUAACAUUGGAAUUUCAAAUACAACAGUCUCUGCGAAGGAAUGCUUACCCGUGUCAGCAUGCAACCGCCAAAGCUUGCUGCGACAGAGGCUGCGCCAGCGAAAAGGAACAGUGGAAAACAGCACACGAAGAAACGCAAGGUAACUUCUUUUUUAUAUUGAUGGCGAAAUGUAUGUGUGGUGUCUACCUCGGGCCCUCUUGGGAUGACGGUGCAGGGAAGCUUCCGACGUUCUCAACUGUCGAUGAUAUGGACUUUGACGCGUUGCUUUCGCAAAUGCAAACGCAACAGAGUAGCAAGCAAGAUUCCGUGCCAAAGCGGAAGAAAAAAGAAUCAUCGCCAAGUGAAACCUUGCCAGAGCUGGCGGCACCCUUGACCAAAAGUUAACCAUACUAUUUUUAUUUUUUAUUUGAAUAAU